UAUUUGGUUUCAAACAUUGGCAGUAGAAUUGGAUUCCCAUUGAUUAAAAUAUAGUGGAAUAAGGAAACAAUUUCCGGUAAUAUAAAAUCCCAAUCGUUCCUUGUUUUUAUUCAUUCUAAAAUUCAUCUACCGUCGGAUCUGAAUCUGCUCAUCUCAUUUCUCAUCGGAUAAAAUCCCUUCUCAGUUUCCCCAUCCAACUACACUACGCAAACCAAUACCAAACGACCAUCAAUCAUGGCGGCAACUGUAUCGUCUCCUUGGGGCAAAGCCGGCGCGUGGGCUCUCGAUGCAGAAGAACAUGAAGCUGAACUCCAGCAACAGAGCCGCGCCGAUUCUGCCGCUGAAAAGCUCGCGGAUUUCCCUUCUUUAUCCGCCGCCGCCUCCACCAAAACCAAGAAAAAGAAGAGCCAACCUAUCUCUCUCGCCGAAUUUGCUGCCUACGGCUCUGCUAAGCCGAGUGAGCCAACUGGCCUAACUCACGAGGACCUCCUCCUACUCCCUACCGGUCCUCGCCAACGCUCUCCCGAGGAACUCGAUCGCAACCGUCUUGGCGGCGGAUUUAAAUCCUAUGGUUCGAACCGAUACAAUUCCAACGGCGAUGAUUCCUCAAGUAAUAGUAGAUGGGGAUCUUCUAGGGUUUCAAAUAGAGAUUCCAAUAAAGAAAUGGCUCCCUCACGCGCCGAUGAGAUGGAUAAUUGGGCGUCGGCUAAGAAAUCGACUCCUGCUGGGAACGGAUUUGGGGGUGGAUUUGAGAGGAGAGAGAGAGGAGGGGGAGGGUUUUUUGAUUCGCAAUCGAAAGCCGAUGAAGUAGAUAACUGGGCAUCUAAUAAGAGUAGUAAAAGCGUGAAUGCUGCUGCACCGCCACGGAGAUUUGGUGGGGGGUUUGAGAGAAGAAGCAGUUUCGAUUCACUUCAAAGGGAUUCCCAAAGGGAUUUGGAUAAUUGGGGAAAGAAAAAGGAGGAGACUGGCAGUAGUGCUGGUAGUGGUGGAGUGAGACCAAGGCUUGUGCUUCAGCCACGCACGGUUCCUGUGACCAAGGAGGCUAAAAAGGAAUUGACUGCGCCCAAGCCCAAAGGGGCAAAUCCUUUUGGCGAGGCAAGGCCGAGAGAGGAAGUGUUGAAGGAAAAGGGGAAAGAUUGGAAGGAGAUUGAUGAGAAGCUGGAAGCUGUUAAGAUUAAAGAGACAGUUGCGGUUGCAGAGAAAGAGAGAGGACGAAAGGCAAGCUUUGGUGGAAAUGGGCGUGCCCCAGUUGAAAGGAGCUGGAGGAAGAACGAGUCUGAUGAGGCUGCUGCUGCUGCUGAUCGACCCCAAAGCUCUGAGACUGAGAAUGGCCAUGUUGCGGACAAUUGAAGAUAGAGAAAACAAAUAUGAAGCUUAGGUCUGAAGGAAGGGAGGAGAAGAACUUCUUUUGAAAUUUUUGGAUGUCUAAUUUGUUGAGACUUGUUUGUCUUUUGUUGUGACUGUUAUUAUUGUCAAUGCAGUAUUUAAACAAUUUUGGUAGGCUUCGAAUUAGUUGCAUUGGCUUUGGUCAAACAUGUCUUGUUUGCAGCAGGAACGUUGCUCCGUGUAGAGUUUAUUAAUUUUAUUUUCAAGUUUUUGUUGA